AUGAAGGAAAAUACUUUUCAAAGCCACUAGGGACUGAUAAGUGGUUCUGCUUUCUAAAUAUUAUUCCCAUAAAACUUCUCAAAUGACAAGAUAUUCCUAGAAUAUUAGCUAAUAAUACCUCCUCAUAACUUAAUUGCCUUAAAAAAGAUAAUAGAGAUUAAGAUUAAUGAUUUCGAGCUCUAAAACUCUAAUCUUUAAGAGGAGUAGCUAAUCAUAAUUUACGAUGAUUCUAAAAGACCAGAAAAUUUGAGGGAUAAAUUUAUAUCAAUCAAUAUGACUUAUUCUGGUACAUUGCACAAGAUUGAAGAAUACUCUUGUGUCCUUAGCAAGCAAAAUAUUUUGAAUAGCAAAAAUUAUUAAGAUUUUGAAAUGGCUUCCUAUUCUGCUAAGAUCCAUUCUAUUACUUUAGAUUACUAGGAAUAUCGAUACUUUGAAUGCUAGUUCAUCCUGAAUAAUGAAAUUUAGAUACAUUUAGAUUAAGAUGUGUCCUUUUUUAAUCAAAGAGUAUUUACUCUAGCACUCUAUCACUUAAAUACUAGCAUUUUAUCGAAAUAAUCAGGACUCAUUAUAAAAAGACCCAAAUUGAAAUUGGAUCCAGUGAAUCAUCAAAUUUAUGUAAAGAACACUGAUUAGAUGCUUAUUUUUACCCUUAAUGAACCAUUGAUAAGCGACUUCAAUAAAACAAUAGGGUGCUUACUAGUUGAUGAUUAGAGCGGCAAGAAUAUAUAUCUCUAAGGAUUAGUAAGUAAGAAUAUUAUAUAAUGCAAACUAGAUCUUGCUAUCUAAAGUCAUUAGUCUUUCAGACUUGCAAUCAAUUACAACCCUCUCAGUGAGAUUAACAAGAUACUUAAGUCAUUUAAUGAUGGCAUUUUGAAUUUUAUUGGUCUUGAAUCAGCAAAUAUUUCUACUUAUGACGAAAAGCAAGCAAUCUUUCUGCCAUAAGAUAGAAUCACAAUGAAGUUAUUACUAAGAUUCACAACCAAAACAGUCAUAAGUUAGUAAUUUUCCCCUUUACUAAUUCUGAAUCCUGACUAAAAUUCUAUUUAUCUGAAGCCUGAAAAAUAGUUUUCUACUUCAUGUAUAUUAGAAAAACUAUCAGAUUAAAGUGGAUAGUACUUCAGAUACGACUGUAAUUAUAAUUACUAAGUAAAUUAAGUUUACAUUAAAGAGCUCAGCGAGCUUAAGUUCGGAAUAUCUGGACUAUCUAAAACUUUGACUAAUAAAGAUAACAUUAAAGUUCUUGAUUAAUCAAUCUAAAUUCUAAAUAAAUUCGAAAUUGAAAGUGUGUCUAGAAGCUUCUUAAGAUACUAAUCGAAAUAAAAAUUGAAUUUCAAUAUGAGCAUAGAUAAAGUCUAGAAAAUGUUUGUAAAUGACUAUAAGGAACUAUUUGAAACAAAUAAGAUAAAAUGCCGUCUAUCAAAGAUUAAUGAAGAGUAAUCAGGUGAGCUUUAGUAUCUAAAGUUUAUUGAACUUACACCCAUGAUAAUCGGAGAUUAGAUACUAUGCUAACUUAACCAAAGUCUUCCUGCUGUUAUGGAAUAAUCUGAAAAAGAUGUGUUCAAGAUUUUGAUCUCACUAUAUACAUCGAAGUACAAUUUUUAGAUGAGUAUCAAUCAAGUAGUUGGAUUUGUACUUAAAUAUGAUCCAGUAAUUACUAUAAUCGACAGGUAAAUAGGCUUCCUCAACGAGGAUAAUGAAAUUAUAUUUGAACUUAACAUUUGGAAUUAGAUGCUAUCCUAAUAUGCAUAGUGCUAAUUCUUAAUAUCAGACACUCGCAUCUAGGACACUUAAUUUGGAAUAAUCUACUCGCCUAUCAUUCAUAAGUAUCAGAACACUGUGCAUUGCAAAGGUCCUAAUAUGAUAACUGGCUCUUACUACAUGUAUUUAAUAGAUAUUCAAAGUAAAGAAUAAAUCACUGUAACGCCUAAGUUACCUUAAAUAAACAUCAUUGAAAAAUUUACUCUAAGGCUUACUUAGACUAGCUUCCUAAAUAUAUAGCCUUUGAUAUUAAGAUUCGAGUAAAAUCUGAUGUAUGAUAUUUCAAAGUACAAGACAGACCACAUUGAUUGCCAAUUAAAUGAUAUGCUUUUGGGUGAUUUAAUAAUUAACACUACUGACUGCCUUUGUCAAUUCAAUAACUUUGCUUUUGAAUCAAGUGAUCGUGAUAUUGCUAUUGGAACAAAUAAUUUGAAAAUAGUAGCAAAGUUGAAUGAUAGAGAACUUGUUUAAGUAUCUCGAGAUAUUCUUGUUUUUGAUCUUUACCAAUUACCUGAUAUACUAUUAACUCAAGACAAGAUAUUCAAUAUAUGGAAAUAUGCUAGUGAUUCUUUGACUAUAAAUUUUAGAUUCACAAAUGAUUUAAAAAAUUUGAGCAUUAGCCAAAGUUCUAUAUCAUAAAGUGCACUUAGUUACUAUUAAAGUCAUUUUAAAUGUGCAAUAAUAUCCCUAAACAACGAUGGUUAGUCCUAGGCGUACACGAUUGUUGAAAUAUAGUUCAAAAACAUAUAAGCUAAAGAUAAUCUAUUCUAAUGCGUGAUUCCUAAUUUCGUCCAGAGAUAUUCUGGAUUUUUUAAUUAAUUUGAACUUAGACUAUAAUACUACUCUCCCUUUAAAGGAGAAGAUUAAUAAGAGUUGAUAGAUUUAGAUAGGAUCUUUACUGUAUAUUCAGUGAGCUAAUAAGUUUAAAAUUAGAUACUUACUCUUGAAAGUGAAACUAAUUCUGUUUCCACAGUAAAAAUUAUAUUGAUUAAAGAUGAUAGCCAAGAAAAUAUCUUUUAUGAAAUGUAUAAGAAAGGAUACUAUUUUAAUCUUCAAAUAAAGGCUUAAAACUCAAACACAAAUUACUCAAUUUAAAAUCUACCUAUGACUUCACAGAAUGUUUUGAGGUUCGAAAUACCAACUGAACUUAACUUCAUUAUGGAUUUAUAUAAAGUGUAUGUAUCAAUUGAAGUAUACUCUCAAGUCUAAUUUUCAGUUAAUAAGAAUAACCAAAUUCUAUUUUACAAUCCCUUAGAAUUAAUCUAGGAUAUUUCUAUAAGUUAAGAAACAUAAGUAAUCUACCUUAAACAUAGCUAAGUCAACAAGUUUCAUGAUUUGAUAUUGAAAAUUGAUGAUAGCAGUCAAGCUUUCAAAAUAGCUGGCAAUCAGCUAAAUAUAUCUAUAAGAGUUUUAGAUUAACUUUAUCAAGCUAUAGACUAUGAUUAGUCAUUAAAAAUGCUUAAGUAUCAAAUUAGCAUAAAUACGACAGAAUUUAAUUCAUUUAUCUCUAAUCAAACUCUAAUGAUAGACAUUUCAUUCGACAAUGGGCAAAACUUUUACAAAAGAGAUGAACUGUUCCUAAGGGUGAUUAUUGAGAAUAGUUUAAUCAAAAUGAUAUAGCCAGAAUACGGCUGGGUUAAAAAGUUUGAUACCUAUGAUAUUGAAAUUGAUUAAAGCAAUCUUAGAGAUGUGAUGCCUUUAUCUUGUGUUAUUAACAAUAAAAUUCUAUCUAUAGCAGAGUAAAUUGAUGACAGCCUUAUUCGAUGUGAAAUUACUUUUACCUAAGCUGGCUAUAAUAAUUUGGUAGUAUCAAACUUAGCUGAUCCCCAAAAAUUCACUUCAAAUGUUUUAACAAUUAGAGUGUUUCAAGAUAUAAAAAUCUAACAAGUUGAACCUAAUGUUUUCUUGCAUCAAAAUUAAACAGUGAAUGUCAGUAUAUUCACAGUGAAUGAUUUGCCUGCAAAACUUCCAAUUUACUGCCUUUUUGGUACAUUUAAGUCAAGAGCUACUUUCAUAUCAGUUAGAUAAUUAGUAUGUGCUGUCAAUACUAUAGAUCAGAUAAGUGUUAACACGUUGAUCAUAGAUAUUGAUGGUAGAUCUUAAACAAGUCAGUUUAUCGAAGUUAUUGAUAGUUCAUAUGAAAUUAAAAACGUAUGGCCUUUACAAAUUCCAUCAAGUGGUGAAGCGAACAUGGCAGUUACACUUAAUCAAAAUCCUUAAGAGAGUAUUCUAAGGUUUAAAUGCAUUUUAUAAAACUUAAAUGAGAUUUACUAUGGAGUAGUAUCUCAAUUACUGCUAAACAAAAUUUAGUGCAAGUUCAAUAUGGGGACAAAAAGAAAUCAAUCUUAUGAUAUUUACAUAGGAGUGAAUGAUUAACAAAGAAUACACUAUUAAGAAUCAAUUAUUCAAACAUCAGCUAUUCUUUCAAUAAUUGAUGUAAAUCCAAAAACAACAAUGCUCAGAGGUUAUGAUUAGAAGUUCAUCAUUAAUGGGCAUGAUCUUGAUUAGAAAGACCUUAUUGUGCAAUUAUAUGAUCCUAUGACAGAACAAAUAAUAUAUAGAAUCAGUGAAUUUGCAUUCCAAAAUUAAACACAGAUCUAAAUUAUCAUCCCUAAAGAUAUAUUAACCUUAAAAGAGCAAGUGAUACAAGUCUACUAGAAUGACACAAAUAUCUACUCAAAUGAGUUUGUGAUUUAUGCUCUUGAUUCUAUUGAUUUUAUAGAUUUCUAUCCAAGAAUAGGGUUUCAAGGUAUUGAGAACAAAUUUUAUAUCAAAAUGAUGAAUUUCUAUGAGAUUGAUUUAUUUUGUCAUUUUUAUUCAAAUAACUCCAAAUCUUCAUCAAUAGUAGUAAAAGCAUAAUAUGACAGCAAAAAAUAAUUGUUUUGCCUAUUGCAAAAAGAUUAUUAGAGAAGAGGAUAUAAUACUGAUGAUGAAGUAGUUUUAGAGGUAUCUGUAGAUAAUGUAACACGAAUUGCUUUUGGAAAUAAUAUUAGAAUAGUGUAGUUUAGAGUAUAAGAUUUCACACCAAAGGUCAUUGAGUAUCAAUCUCAGUCAUUGAUACAAAUUUAAACUGUCGAUUAUUUACUCAAAGGAAGUCUAAUUGAAUCUAGUAAAGAAUAUAUUUGUGCUUUUGAUUACAAUCAUCAUUUAAUAUUUACCUCGGCUAAUGUUACAACUGACUAUUAAAUCUAAUGCUUUUGCCCUAAUUUUAAUCAAAGUAAUAUUUAAUAGAGCACAACUAUUUAUAUAUCUGUAAACUAAGUUAACUUAAUUAGAGUGGGGACAUUGAUCAUAUUCCCUAAGAUUUUAGUACAUGACAUUACUCCAAAGUACCUAUUGAAAAAUGAGGAUAAUUUGAUUAAUUUUUACGGAUAAUACUUCUUAAACUUAGAUAUGCAUUUAAAGGUAGAGAUUUAUGAUAACUUCGGUAUGCUUUUGAACUACUAAUUCUUGAAAGUUUUCAACAUUAUUUCUGAUUCAUAAGUUCAAUUUAUAAUACCUUCCAUUACUAAUGACAGAGCUUAUAUAACUAGAAUGAGUCUUACUAAUAACAUGGUUGAUUUUACGAAUUCUAGCGAGCUAUAAAUUAAGAUAAUUGACAGGCCUUUGAUUAAUAAGAAAUAAUACUUUAACCUGAUUUGGAGUGCAACUUAAACUAUUCAAAUUUAAGGAAGAAACUUGUUUAAAGAACUUGAGAUUUAUUGCUAAUUUGAUAAUACUGAUAAGAAGGUUCAAGCUAUUGUAUCUAAUGAUUCAUUAUGCAUUUGUAAAAUUGAUGAAUUCAUUUAAGCUGGGAAAUACGAUAUUAAUUUAGUCUCACAAUCUUUAGUCCAAAGAUUAAACAAAGAUAGAAUAUUUGUCACUAUAUCAUCCCCACCAUAGAUUGUCUUCUAAUCACUUUUUAUAUCGACUCUAAAGCAUUAGAGAUAUCACAAUAUAUCCUUUAUUAUGGACUAGAGUCUAGAUAAUCCCAGCUUUAAUUAAAUAUUUAUGAGAUUAAUUCCACUCUCAGAAUAAUACCAAUCUGAAAAAUAAACUUGCAAUUAUAGCAUAUAUUCUAACAGAAAUUUAACAUGUUUGAUCCCUGAAAAUCUAAAAGAAGGACUGCACUAUAUUCUGAUAUCGUACGAUUCUGGCAUCUAAUAUAUUAAUACCACAAAGUAAAUUGAUAUUGUUUGCGAACCCGUCAUUUUCGAAGUAUAGCCAAGAAUUAUCCUUACAAAUACUUAAAGUGUCAUUGAGAUCAGAGGGAAUAACUUUAGACCUGAAUAUAUAAGGCAAGUAUGGGUUGGAAAGUUCCAAACUUCAUAUACAUAUUACAAUCAAAAUCUGAUUAAAUUAGUCUCCCCUGUUUUCACAGACAAUUAAGAUUUUUCUCUUGAAUUAAAAUUGGAAACUUUCAUACAGGAUCAUUUCAGUAAUGGAAAAUAGAUUAUUUACAGCAGUAAGCUAAAUCUAACCAACUAUUAUCCUAAAAUGGUCACUAUGAAGCAUGGUUUAAGGAGGAUAAGAGUCUAAGGAAGUGGAUUUUUAAAUAUAUACAACUACACUUGCUAACUAUUAGCUGAUUCAUCAGGUAUUAGAGCAGUAAAUUAGCAAACAUAUGCAAGAUAUAUAAACUAGAAUGAGAUAGAAUGCUUGAUUGAUACUAAUCUUCUGUAAUUCGUAGCCUAUUCCUACUAUGAGCUAAGACUUGGAUUAGAUCAAUAGAAUACUCACAAACUUGGGAGUAUUAUAGUAAUUAGCUAACCUAAGUUGUCCUCAGUGCAGCCUAAUAUUGUUUACAAUGACGGUUAGUUCUAUUAAUUAGAAAUUUAUGGAUUGUGGAAUUACUUCUAGUAAUUUGAGAGACCAUUGAUAAGAAUAUCUGAUUAAGCUAAUUAAACAUUAGAUUUAAUUAAUGGUGAUUAUGAAAGUACUAAAAGUGCAGACAGUUAUUUAGUAUUUGACCUACAAGGAUAUUUAAAUCAAAGUGAAGUUUACAUUUAGUUGAUUCAGGAUUAUGAAGUAUUAUCAAAUUAAGUCAAAAUCAUACUUUACAGGAGACCUUUAAUAACUGGAUUUUCAUAAAGCUACUUUGAUCUCAAUUCUAAUACUAAAUUCACAAUAGGAGUAUAUGGACGUCAUUUCGAAAGGUUUCAACUAAUGUGCAAACUAUCAAAUCAAAUAUAACUCAGUGUUACCUAUUAUAACACUUCCUAUAUUGAAUGCUAUUGGAGCAAGUUUUAGUCACUUGAUAACUAUAUUGUUGGGGUUUCGACUAAUAAUGGUUUCAAUUGGACCUAUGCUUAUACAAUGCCUUUGAAGUUUAUUUAACUUCCAAUGGUAAAGUCAGUAUUCCCUCUAUAAAUACCUGCUAACUUGGAUGCAUUGGUAUAUCUUGAAAUUAAUGGAACUGACCUGUUAUAAAUAGGCGCUAUCCAAAUUCAAAUAUCAAAUCAGCAAUACAACCCUAAAAUAAUCAAUAACACUCAUAUGAUAGUAAAAUUAGUGAAAAAUCUUACUAAUGUAGACAAAGAAAUUAAAAUCUAUAUGAAAUUUGACACCUAACCUUAUUAUAACAGUGGUUAAGUCAUUAGCUUCUCAAGAGGAAUUCUUAUUAAUUCGAAGAGAAAUAUCCUUUUUAAAAAUGAUGAAGCUAGAAAAGUCAUUAUUGAGGGCUUCAAUUUCUUACAUCUAUAAUAUUCUACUUAAUGCGUAGUUAAUGAAACCUAAACAUAUGAAGCUAAUUAUCUUGAUCAAAAUCACAUUUAAUGCUAAUUAUCUGAAUCUAAUCUUUAAACUGGCACUUAUAAUCUAAGUCUUAAGAAUUAAUAUCUUGAUUUAAGUGCAUUACUUUAAAAUAGUUUAGUGGUAUUACCACAUCGCUCAGAAAUUAACAUAUUUAGCAAGCUAACUAAUAAUCUUAUUGAAAUAGGAGGAGAUUAUAUUUAUUAAAAUACUACACAGUGCUAGUUUAAUCUUUAAAACGGUACAAGCUUAAUCUUAGAUCCAAUUAUUACCCAUAAAUAAGUUUACGAGACAAAUAGUAUCAGAUACUAUAAAUUAAUUAGAUGUAAAUAACCAUUAGGAAUUGAGAAUUAAUUCGCUUAAGUAUUAAUAUCCUCUUAUGAUGGAUAAGUAAUGUCUAACUACCUUACUUUCAACUCACCAAUAAAACCUGAAGUAGCAUUUCUUAAAAAAAGAAUUAUUCUUGCUGAUAACUAUGCAGAUGAAUAUAUCCAGCUAAAAAUCUAAAAUAACUUUUUUGAUUUUUCACUUUUGCAUUGUGCAAUAACUGAUAAUUAAAAUUUCACUUAUUAUCAAUAGACUCGAUUAGAUUAUGAUGAAUUUUACUACUGCUAAAUUCCCGUCAUUUAACCAAAGAGAUCACCUUUAUAAAUUUAAGUUUCAUUUGACAAUCUUACUUGGUCUUAAAUCUUUUCAGAUGCUGUCAAAGUUAUCCCAUUCACUAAGAUAAUGUCAUUGUAACCUUAAAGCAUCCUGCUAAAUAGAUAAUAAUAAACUACAUUCAACUUUUUAUUAACUUAGCCUAUUAGUGAUUCAUAUAUCUUUUCUGAUAUUAAAUGCAAUUACAGAGUUAAUAGUUAAGUGCUCACAGUUAAUAUAACUACUACAUAGAAUGAUAGAUACUUUAAAUGCAUAUUUAAUCAAGCGAAUCAUUUAUAAAUCUAGACUUUGUCUGUAUAUAUCACUUACCUAGAGGAAUAUAUAAGCUUUGUGAAUGAUUAUUAAAAGGAACAAGAAAUUACAAUUAUCUCGCAACCCAUUAUUAAGUCAUUUUAUCCUAAGGUUUUGAUAAGUCUUGAACAGAGAUAGAUAUUACUAAUUAAUGGCAGUGGGUUUGCUAACUUCACAUAAUGCUAGUAUUUCUAUCAAGGACAAAUAUUUGAUUUUGAAAUCGUUCAUAAAAUAGGAUAUAUUACAUGCUAAAUGCCUAUGAUCAAGAUUAAAUUUUAAAGCUAGUAGAGAUAUAUGCAAGUUUAAUUAGUUAUAGAUGAUUAGAAUUUCUAUUAAAUGACUGAUAUAUAGAUUAUCCCUUAGAUCUAGAUAGUAGACAGCUAUCAAAAAGAGAAUAGUAUUUUGAUAGCACUAGAUAGAUAUCUUGAUUAGAUGUUGAUAGAAGUAUAAUACUAUUGUAUUCUAGGAUAUGAGAAAAACAGUCUAGUCAAGAUAAAAGCAACAAUCGUAAAAGAAAAUAUCUUAAAUUGUAGUUUGUCCUAGAAAAAAUUUGAUUCAAAACUCUCAAUGCUUAAAUUAGAUUACUACUACGGUCAAUAACAGCAAUCAUCUAAUUAGAUAUCAUUGUAAAACUAAGACAAAUGGAAAUUGAUAAAUAAUGUCACUACUCCUAAAGGAUUAAUUCUUCUGAAAUCUCACACCAAUCAUGAAUAUAAUUAAAGUAGUGAUACUGCUACUUAGAGGUUUUUCUGCUAAUUCAAUAUUUAAGAUCACUAAUAUACCAAUCCUGUAAUCAAAUACACGAGCUUAAAUAAGUAAUCAAGAGAAUAAUUUGGUUUUUAUCUUACGAAUCAAAUUCUAUAAGACAACUUGUAUUAUUGUGUUUUACCUUAGACUAUUCAAUAUUCCACAAACUUAAGACUUAAUGAAUACUAUGAGAUUAAAAUCUAUGAUUAACAAUUGAAUACUUUAAGUUACUUCCAUGGACAUCAAGCCUAUCCGAGUAAAUUCAGAAUACAGAGAGAAUUCAUAAUUGAUAUUCAUCAGGUCUAAAGACUUUUCAUUGAUUUUAAGAAUACAAGUUUAAAGGAACAAAAACUAAGUAUAUAUAUCAAGACUAUUUUUAAUAUAACUGGGUAGAAAUGUUCCUUAUUCUCAUUGAUUGACAGUAAUGUAUUCGGUGUUCUAACUAAUUAUAAGGAUGAUAUAUAUGAAUGUAAAAUAUCAAUUAGUCACUUAGAAACUAUGAAUCUUAAAUUUAGAAUAUACAAGGAGUUUAACUAAGAGUAGCUUGAUUAUUUGAUGAUAUCUGAGAAUGGUUUAAUAUUCCAACCUAUUUAGGAAGUUGUAGUCAAACUUGAUUAAACACCUUAGUUAACAUUAUCUAAUCUCCAAAGUAUAUUUGAAAGCUAAACAACUGAAAUUAUUGAACUAAAAGGAAUCAGUCUAUUCUAGGAUAUGAUUAUAUCAUUAGCUGAUUAAGUUAUUCCUUGCUUGUCAAUAGAUGAUCAAAAUUUAAAAUGUAAAGGAUUAAACCAGACUCAAAUAUAAAGAUUUAUAUCAAGAUAUCAAGCAUAACUCAUUACUAUCAACUACAACUUAACUUACCAAAAUCCAAUUUCACAAGGAUCAUAAUCAUAUUAGUAAGGAAUCGGAAUUAUGAUAUUCUAGCACUUAAAGUUUUCUCCAAUCCAAUACUUGACUAAUUUAACUAACAGCGAGCAUUCUGCUACAUUAAAUUUCAGCACUACUAGAGAUAUUUUUGACAGCUAUUAGGAUAAAGUAUUUUGUUUGUUGUUCAAUUCAAAUUCAUCCUACUAUCUCAAUGCAACAAUUUCAGGAAAUACUUUAUCUUGCAAAGUAUAUAUUUUGUAGACAAUCAGAAUUUAAAAUUGGUAAAUCUCUAUAGUAUUUCAAGAUCUUACCUUACUCUCUACCAAUUCAGCUCGGAUAUUUGUACAACCAAAGAUUUAAAUACCAUUUUACAUUUAACCCUCGAUAAUUCUGUGCAGUGAUUAUGUUUCUUAGUCCAUAUAGGUAAUCUUUGAAUCUGCUCUACCAGAUGAAUUAAAUAAUCAGACUUUAUUUAUUGGAACUAAUCACUCGAUGUUUACUCUUAAUUUCAUAAACAAAACUUAAGCGAGUGCUUCUAUAUUUAGUCCAUGUAAGAAGAAUCUUACUUAUACAGACUUAAGUAUGUUUACUUAUGAUAAAAAUGUGAUAUCACUUAAUACAGCUACAUUGAUGUCGAUUAACAGAUUUAAGAUUUUGUCCCUGAAAUAUCAUAGGGAAUUUGGCUUCAAGAUUGAGAUUGAUAGAGAAAUAGAAUUUGAGCUUCUGACUAAUAGCUUUAUCUUGCUUUGUAAAGUUGGAAGCAUCUCAGAGACGCCUGUUUAGAUAAAUGAUGAGAAUCAUGAUAUAUAUUGCAAAUUCAAUAACAUAUCACAACUUGGCGAUAAUUAGUUCGAUAUUAUUCUUAGGUCUAAUGACUCAAAUAGGGAUAUAAUCAUUGGCUCAAUUAACUAAAAUGUAAAGAAUAUGUACAUAGCCCCAAAUAGUGCCAAGAUAAGACUAAUCUAAAUUGAUUAUAUGCUACAAUACGAUACUGAUAUUUAUAUUGAAGUUUUUGCAGAUAAUCAAACAUUAAAUGUGAUGGCUAUGAAUGAUUUAGCUUGCAAAGUUUAGUUUUUAGAUACAGUCAUUUAUAUUGAUGCCAUCCUAGGUCAUAGAAUGAUCUCUUGUCCCAUUACGAAUUAAUAUAUAAGUACUUUCGAUAAUUUUCUUGUAGAUAAAUCCUUCAUUAGUGUAAAUAUUUCUCUGCAAGUUUCAGAAAUAGCAGAGUUCUACCUAGAAGAUAAGACUUAAUUAAUAAGACUUUACUAAGCUCUAGACAUAUUAAGAGUUUACCCUGAUGUAUUAUUUAGAGAUUUAACAGGUUAAUCGUAAAACAUUACACUAAUUAUAGAUAAUCCAUCUGGCUUUGUUUUCAGACCGAGUACAAGUUGCAUGUUAAAUAAGCCUAAAACUUAAAACUAACAUAUCUUAAGCUCUAUAGUCAUUAAUAAUACAGCCAUAAAAUGUAUUAUUACUAAUUAAAAAGACAUCCUGACAUAAACUGGGACAUAUAGACUAACUGUAGCUUAGAAUAAAUAUUCAUUCUUCAACUCCAGUAUACCAUUUGAAGUUUAUUCUUCAGUUAAUAUAACUUAGAUUUCUCCGUUUAGUAUUUAUAUGAAUACCUUAUUUGAACAUAGUAUAGCACUUAAAGGUAGUUUUAAAAGUUUGCAUUGGUAUUAUUAAAAGUACUAGAAUCUUGAUAGGUUUAGAAUUUAACUAUCAAAUGACAUGAAUGAAAUGAAGUACGAUAUUAUAAAGAUAAACUAAGAAGAAUUGACAUUUUUCAUUGCCAAUCUGAAUUCUAUAAAGCUUAAUAUUCUUCCAGUUGAGACUAAAAUUAAGAUAAAAGACCUAGUUAAUAAUAUCACCAUCUGUGAGUCAUAUGUACUUUUGCUGAUUCGAGAUUAAAUCUACAUUGAUGAUUAUUAUCCAAGAAUAUCAUUUUCUGAGUAUGAUUUAUUGAACUUUACUGUCAUAUUCAAAUAGAAUUAGCUUGAUAAAAUUUAAUAGCUAUACUGUAUCUAAAAUUCAUCAUCUUCUACUAUAACACUUGCAUAAUAAACCAAAUCAGACACUUAUAAUUGCCAAUUUUAUUCCCAGUAGAUUUAAUAAUUUAGCAUUGGAGUAAAAGAUAUUUAUUCUGACCUAAUAAUACCAAUCACCUCUCAGAUCAUAAUUAACAACGAGUUACAAAUAGAAAUUUACUAUUCUCAUCCAAUCAAUUGCCCAAGAAGUGGAGGGACAAAUGUUCUUAUUUUUGGCAAAAAUUUCAUUUAGACUAUACCUUAUAACGAAGCUUUGUAUUGCAAGUUCGGCUCACAAAUAGUAUUAGCUACUUAGACUAAUGACACUGUACUUACUUGCGUUACUCCUUAUUUUGCAUAAUCUAAAGUUGUGAAUUUAGAACUACUAUUAAAAGACCCUAAAUAUCAUUAUCUGAGAACAUAACAACUAAGAUUUUAUAUUGAUGAGCCUAUAGUUAUAGAGAAAGUAUUUCCUGACUACUUAGAUCUAAGUUAGAGAGCAAGUGAAAUACGAGUUUAUCUUGCGUCUCCAAUUCAAAUUCAUAAAGAUGAUGAUAUACUCUGCCAAUUAUAAAACAUUAUACCAUAAUUUAUGGCUAUCGUUGUAAAGGGAGAGAUUGAUAGUAAUGGAGAUGUAGUAAUUUGUAAAUUUGAGAACAGAAAUAUGACUCAUUUAUUUAAGUACAAAAUUUCAGUCUCUAAUAAUGGCGGAGUAGACUACAGUACUACUUUGUAUGAUAUUUAAGGUUAUCCUCCGAUUAAUAUUCUCAAUAGUGACAAUACAUAAACUCUGGUUAGUGGAUAAUGGAAGGAGGUUAAACUAUUAGUGAGCAAUUUAAGAUUUUUUAAUGAUUUGAUGUGUAAAUUGGUGGUAAUUGAUUAAGACAGUUAUUACUAAGGAAUAAAAGAUGACAAAAACAAUAUAUUGAAGUGUAAUAUUUCAGUUCCUGAGUAUAUCAAUGAUUCCACUUAAUUGGAGGGUUACGUUUAAGUUGUAAGCCAAACUCAAAACAUCACAUCUAUAAACUAUCUCAACAUCAGUAUUCAAAAGUUUGAUCUUACAAUCAUAAAUAUCUACCCUUCAAAUUAGAUACAUCUAAUAUCAAAUGAGCUUUUGAAAUUUGAGAUUACAGUAAUGAAACUAAGCCACUCUCAGCAACUACCUAAAAGCUAUUGUGCUUUUGACACUGAAUUUUAAGAUAGAUGGAUUUCAAAUGCAACAUACUUUAUUAGUACUAAUCUUAUUGGCUGUGAUAUCAGUGUACCAAAUAAGACAAAUAUAUAGAGAAUUACUUAGCUUUACCUGAGAUUAAUUCUGAAAGAUUAAGCAAGCAUCAAUGAUGAGUAUCAUAUAUUGACAUUGAAUCAGAGACCUUAAAUUAAUGAGAUUUAUUAGAACUCACUGGAAUGGCUUAGCUAAUAAAAAUAAAAUGCUAUUAAUGUCUAUGGAAAUAAUUUUAACUCUAACUCUAAGUGUUAUUAUAAAGUACUUACUAGUAAUUAGUAUUAUCAAAUAGAAACAGAGUUUUACAAUGUGAGUUAUGUAAGAUGUCUGUUCAAGAAAUAACAAAUAUUGCAAUUCAAUAGCAAUCCAGCAAUUUAAGUUCUAAUUUCAAAUAACUUAGGAUAUCAAUACUCAUUACCUUUUGCAUUAAAUUUUAAAGAAAAUCUUUAAACAAUCACUGAUGUGACAACAUUAAAUCCACUAAGUAUUUAUCCUAAAUUCGCACCUUAUUAAGGUGGAAUUUGGCUUUAUAUUACAUUUCAAAACAUAACUUAAAUCAAAUCAAUAGACUAGAGCGUAAUUUAUUGUGAUUUCAGUACAAUCGAACAAACCAAACUAAAUUUGAUAAAUAGUACUACUGGUAUAUGCUAGGUUCCUCCAAGUAAAUACAUAUAGUCAGUAUUACUUAGUGUUUCAUCAGCUGACUAAAGUCUUUAUAUUCAAGACAAUCUCAAAUUUUAUUUUACGUAUCUGGCUGACUUUGAGUUUUACAAUAUAGAUCCCUAUUUCUAUAUUAUUUAAGAAGAGACAAUGCCAUAGUUUAUAGAAAUUACUGGCAAAAACUUCAACCAGUCAAUGAGUUAUAUUGUGAAUUUAAUUUCUAUUGAAGACAGAAAAAAUUUCACAGUGAAUUGCGAAUAUGUCAGUGCUAUCAAACUUAAAUUCAGGAUUAAUGGUAUUAAUGGAACAAAAAACAGAAUAUUUAAGAUUAAUCUAGAGAUAUCAGGUAAUACUUAACUUACAAAGACGAUUGAUUAAUAACUCUACUUAAUAAAGAAUCCUGGUAUAGAUUUGAUUGAUAAGAAUACAAAAUUUAUGCGAGAGCAUGCUUCAAAUGUUUUCAGCUAUAUCAAUAUAGUCGGCACUAACAUAUAUAUUCCUGAUCUAAAAAUAAGCUGCUUGUUCAUAAUUGGUAAUUAUGAAACUAAUUAGACAUACUAGACUUAGACAUUAUUCUUAGAGACAGACGCUAAAAAGAAAAAUUCAACAUCAAUUAUCUAAUGCUAAAUACCUUUGAGCAGAAUCGAAAAUGCUGAUACCUUUAAAUAAGUUUGGCUUUCUAUAAUCUACGAAGAUUAAGUAAUGAUAAACAAAUUAAUUGGGAUUCCAGUCUUUAAUGAAUCUAAAGUUAUAUUCUCUCAAAAUACCUUUCAAGUAGGCAUAAAUUAAACGGUUACAAUUAGAGGAAACUACUUUUACCUUAAUCUAGUAUAUGUCUGCACCUAUUCAGAUAGCUAUAAAUCAGUUUAUGAAUUUGCCAUCUAGAUUAAUUCUAAUACUUUAGAAUGUAUUCUUAAACCAUAGCAUUUGCUAGAUGGAUCCUCAUCAACUUUGCAGGUAUUAAUACAAAAUACAGGUGAAAUAAUAGGAUCUGAGCUAAUUACUUUUAAAUACUAAAAUACUUUGAGACUUUAUCAAAGCAUUCCUCAAAGUUUGUAUCACAAUUUAACUAAUUAGUAUAUUGAUGUAGUAGGUGAUUAUUUUACUUCAGAUUGUUAAUGUGUUUUUGGAAAAGUACAAUCACUCUCAAAUGUAGUUAUUGAUUAAAAGAACAUGAAAUGUUUGGUACCUUCCCCUCAGAUAAAAGAUAGAUAUGUUGAUAGAAGAUCACUAAAUGGAUUUGUUGUUGAUUUAUCGAUUGUUUGCCCAAAGUAGCACUCUAAAUCGAGAGAAAGCUUGAGUUUUUACAUAAAAUAUGGUACUUUAAUUACUAAUUCGUCAAGAUCCUAUAUAAAGCAAAACUAAUUUGACUUGGACCCUUAUAUAUAUCUCUUUGGAAAACAUUUCAAUGCUCAUCAAGUAUGUGUUAUAAAAUCAAAUGGCACUUAGCUGGAAAGAGCUAUGGUGGAAUUUAUAACAGAUGAGCAAAUAAGAUGCAGAAUUGAGGGAAUAUUUUUCAAUAAUUAGUUGUAGAAAGCUGACAUCUUUGUUAAAGAGUAUGAUCAAGAAAAUAAUUCAAUAGUAUAUGAGUCUAAUAAGAUACCAUUAAUAUAUAUGCCAUAGAUUAUCAUUUGGGCAAAUUUUGAUCUUUAAUUAGAGAUAUUCUAUCUAAAAGAUCCAGGGGACGUAGUUAAGUUACAUUCUAACAUAGAAAGUCACUCUAACUUUAGCUAUAAAUGUGUUUUUGGUAGCAAUGAGUAUGUUUCUUAACCUAUUUUCAUUAAUAACACUCUCAGAGGUUGCAACUGGCCUAAUAUUUUAGAGAACUACUCUACCAUAUAAUUAAAAAUUGUUGAGUUGAGUAUUGACAACAAAGUUUCGUUUUCAAAUUUUAUAACUCUAAAACUUCUACCAGUACCAAAUCUAAUCUCUUUUGAUCCAAUGUAUGUCCCUGCAUUUGAAAUACAACCUAGGCUUGUUUAAAUAUUUGGCUAAAAUUUCAUUAGUGGCUCCACAAAAAUAUUUAUGGAAUCUUCAUGGAGUACUAAUGUGAUAGUCUCCUCAUCUACAAUUGGAGCUUUUUAUGUGCCUAUGAACAUGACUCCCUCUAGUUAUUCAAUAAGAAUUACAAAUAAUCUUCUUAAGUCUCCAAUAAAGAAAUACCAAAUUAUAAGUUUAGAAUUUAUUAAACUCCCAGAGAUAUUCAAAUUAGUUCCUCCAGAGGUGCCUACUAGUACAAGCCCAUAAAAAAUAAUGGUCUUUGGAUAAAAUUUCACAUAUCAAACUAAAUGUGUGAUCGAUGGUGUUCAAUCUUUCACGACAUAUUUAACUUCAACCAUAAUUGAAUGUACAAUUCCUGUAGCAUUAGCAGGAUAAGAGCUCUCAGUUAUGGUUCUUUAGCGUAAUCUUUACAAUAAUAGAGAAACAAACUUUAAAGUUAAAUACUUUGCCUCUGCUUUUGUUUAUGAUAUCUAUCCAAGAAAAGCUAUUAGAACUAAUGCUGGUACUUAGAUAUCUAUAUCCAUAGCAAAUCUUCCUAAGGUUAUUAGCAAAAACAGAUAAAUACAAUACUGUAAAUUUGGGCAGUAUGUGGUUCAGGCAUAAUCGAUUUAUUAUGAAAAUCUUGAAUUAAAAAAUACUAAUUUCACAAAGUUUAUCUGUAAAACUCCUUAUGUAGAGACUGCAGGAAUAGUAAAUGUUGAAAUUUUGUCAGAACAAGGUACUUUUACUAGUAGUAUUCAUAAUACUUUUGAGUUUAUUGAACCUCCAUUCAUAACCAAAGUAACUCCUUAAAUUGUACCAAUGAAUAUCACAGGUAUGCCAAUAACAUUAACUGGAAUUAACUUCAAUUCCAUAUAUAUUUAUCUAUGUCAGUAUUAAAAGUAAUACACCUAUCUAAAUAGUACAAUUGCAGUAUUCAUUAGCUCUACAUCAAUUAAAUGCACCCUUCCAAGCUAAUACUAUGUUUCAGAUACUGGUUAUCUGAAUAUAAGAUUGAUAAUGAGAGAUUAGCUAGGCACAUUUGAGUAUUUAACACAAGGUAUGUUUAGAAUAUACUUUUACCAUCCUUUGGUAAUUGAAAAAAUUUAACCAGCUAGUGGUCCUUUAUCAGGAGGCAAUGAUGUUUUUAUCUAUGGAAAAUUCUUUGACAUUAGUCUUGGUGGAAUGUAUUGUAAAUUUGGCACUUAGAAGGUAUCAGCAGUUAUUAUUUAAACUGAUAAUUUGAUAAAAUGUACUGCUCCUUCCUCAAGCCUACUUUUUACAAAUUAAAUUGGAAUCACGAUAUCUGUUGACGACCUCUACUAUUUCUAAGGAGUCAAUUUGACAGCUGUACCAUAUACAUAUUAUCAAAAUCCUGUAUUUACUUCUCUUGUGCCAUUAAGUUAAAGUAUUUGGGGUGAAUUUCCUAUCAAAAUAACAGGUGUCAAUUUCGUUUACCCAUCUCUUGCAGUAUGCAGAUAUUCCUUCUCAUCAAGUUCAUCUAUUGUAGAUAUAAUGGGAAAAUCAAUAAGUAGCACAGAAAUAUUAUGUUACUCUCCUAAGCACCUUGGUGCUGAUUUAUAAAUAGGAGUCAGUAUAUCAUUUAAUUAAUGGUAAUACUAUCCAGUUACGACUAUAUCUAGCUAUUACAAAUACAAUACAAAAGCAAGAGUAUUUGCAAUCUCACCUACCUAUGGUUUGGCGGACUAGCUUAAUUAUAACACUACAAUAACUGUUACAGGUACUGGUUUUUCAGGAAAGACUAUUGCUUCAUUUGGAAAUUUUAGCUAUAGCAAACCAAUAAAUCUACUCUCUACAACUUAAGCAACAGUAAUUUUGCCCCCAUUUGUAAAUAUUUCUUAUUACGAUAACUCGUCUACUUUCGGAGAUAAUCGGGCAAUUGUUGAGAUUGGAGAUACCACAGUUGGUUACUCUAAAGAUGAAAUAGUUUAUACUUAUCUUAAUCAUUUUAAGAUAUUAGAAAUGUAUCCAUUACUGGUUAGUCAAUCAGGUCAAGAGAUAACAUUUACUGGAGAUGGAUUUUUAAAUACACCCACACUUAAUUGCAAAUUUGGAAGUUAUCUUGCUGUCUCUGUUUAGUAUGUAAACAGGACUAGAAUUAAAUGCACGACUCCAAGUUUUUCUGAUAUAACUAAGGAUUAUCCAAUAAUGAUAUCUUUGAAUGGAUAUGAAUAUGUGAACUUUACUAGUAUAGUUAGCAACAAGACAUUUAAUUUGACUUUCACUUAACCAAUUACAGUUAUUUCUAUAGAUCCUUAAAUAGCAUUUGACGAUCAAACAAACAUUAAAGUGGUAAUUUAAGCUGAUUUACUAUACGAUCUCACAACUCUUUCGUGUAAACUUCAUGAUUUUAUCACUCAAGGAACUUAUGCAAAAGAAAAUGGUCUGACAUAUGUGACUUGCAUUAUUCCUUCAUAUCAGUUCUUGAUUAUAACAGCUACAAGACCUAUUUUUAAUAGCACAGUAGAAAUUGAAGUAUCUAAUAAUGGAAUAGAUUUUUCUGAUUCUAACAAGACAUUCAAAUUCAUCAUUGUUGAUCAAGUGUAAGGAAUAAAUCCAAAUACAGGACCAGAGGAAGGUGGAACACUAAUCAAUAUUAUACUAAAGGAUUUACCAUAUGAGGGCGACGCUUCUAAAAUUACACUUGCUUAAUGUAUUUUCCCAGGCUAUGAUCCAUAAAAGGCUACAUACAUUAAUUCAACCUUGAUUUAAUGUACCACUCCUAAGCUAAUAGAUAAUAUUGAUGGAAUAAUUUCAAAUCCUGCAUAUGCAAUCGCUCAAGUAAAAUUGAACUUGAUUGGUAUUGAUAGUUCCUAUUUCUAUUUUGUAUACAGUAAAGGAUUUCAUGUAUAAGGGUUUGAGCCACCUAAUGCUUAUCUUGAACCUGGAUCUAACCUUUAAAUGCCUAUAAACAUUGUCGGAGUAAAUUUCCUUCCGAUAACAGGCUCCUUAUACUGUCGACUAUAUCUUGGCUCUAUUGUUUAAGUUGCUGCUACUUAUAUAAAUAAUCAUACAAUUUCCUGUUAAAUUCCCUCACUUCCAAGCGGGACUAAUUUACCUUAUCCAAUGAGAAUUGAGGUAUCUUAAAAUGGGGGAAUUCAAUUUUCUAAUGAUUUUUAAGAAUUUUUAUAUAGAGCAAAAGACAUAAUGUCAUCUCUUUAUCCUGCUAGAGGGUAUGUAUUAGGAAAUACUUAUCUGCAAAUUGGAUUUACAUAUUUUUAUGAGACAACGAAUAAAAGAUCAGUCUGUAAAUUCACUACUCUAGAUGAUUCUAAUUUUAUCGUAACAAGAAUAAUUUCAUAUAAUUCAACUCAUAUUUUUUGCUAUACUCCGCCAGCUUAUCUUUUAAAUGAUAAUUUGUUUAUUUACGGAGGACAAGCUAAGGUAUCAAUAUCUAGCAAUAACCGAGAUUUUUCAGCUUAAUUAUUCUACUUCACAUAUUUACCUAUGGUUAAAAUAACUAGCAUCUCACCACUUUGGGUUAUUAACAGUGAAGUUACUGAUAUUACAAUAAUGGGACUACAUUUUUAUCUAUCGGACGAGACUAGAGUUAGAUUACGAUCAUCAGAUGGUUUGAGAGAGACUUUAAUUAGAAAUCCAACUUAUAUUUCAGAUACAAUUGUUACAUUUAGAUUUCCAUUUUUAAUGUUCUUAAACAAGGACUUUGUUAAGGUUGCCUUGACAUUUGAUGAUUAGAAUUAUUUUGAUGCUGAAGAUAGAUUGAUUGUUUACGAAUCUAUAUAACUCUAUAAUGCUAAGCCAAAAUAUCUCUAUACAGAGGCUACUUCUGGAUUUCGUUCAAUAUCUGUUAUAGUAGCUAAUAAUUGGAAUACUGAAGUAUCUAAAUUACUCAAAUGUAGACUUGACAAGACAAUCCCAACACUUGCUUACUUUGUUUCAUAAUAAGAAAUUAUUUGUCAGAUUCCUAAGAAAUCCUCUCCAGGUUUUGCAGAAAUUGAGGCUACGAUUGAUUCAAUAAGAUAUUCACUUAAUAGUGUCUUUGUUAAAUUCAUUGAUGAACCUGCUAUAACCUCUAUAAAUGUGACUUCAUAUUACUAUACAUAAGAUGAAAUCGUUUAUGUCAAACUCAUUGGAACAAACCUUGACAAAAAUACGGAUAAUGGUGGACAGCUUUUUAUCAAGGUUGACAAUGUUGUCUAAACACUGCCAGUAACAUCAGGUUAAACCGAGGUGAUAUUUUAAUUACCUAAGGGGCUAGAUUUAGGAAUUCAUUAUGUUUACAUUUCUACUGAUGGCUCAUACUUCAAACCAAAUGGAAUAUCACCUUUCAAGUUUGAAGUUAUUCAAUGUCCUGACACUUAUACUUGUAGUUAAUUCUCUGCAACAAUAUGUCCAGCUGGCUAUUAUUGUCCAGAGACAAAAACAUUUGAAGCUAUAAAAUGUCCUUCAGGUUAAAAAUCUAUAUCAGGGCAGAGUACUUGUACCUAAUGCUUGAGUGAGGAGUUUUGUCCAAGAAUAGGAAUGAUCACACAUUUCUAGUGUCCAGCUGGCUAUAUUUGUACAGGAGAAAAUAUCAUUUCUACAAAUCAACUUAAAAUAUGCCCAGAGGGUUAUUACUGCCCAUUUGGUGACUUUGAUCAAAUUGAUGAAACAAAAAUUGGGGAUGCAGGAAAUGUAAAAGCUUGCCCUAAUGGAUUCUGGUGCCCAGAGGGAUCAAGGACAGCUAUCAAGGAUUAUGGUAGAUUCGACUCACCUCAAGUUUGCAGAGAUGGCUAAAUUUGUGGUCAACAAGUUGAUAUGUCAAGUAGCAGAACAUUACCUGGAGCUAGAGAUCCUGAAGGGAUAAGUGUUUGUCCUAUUGGGAAAUAUUGCUCUUAAGGUUUCCCUCAUGCUUGUCCAAAAGGAUAAAAAUGCGACCAGGAAGGUCUUAUUGAACCAAAUAGAUGCUAACCAGGUUAAUAUUAAAAUGAAACAGGUUAAACUCAAUGCAACCUAUGUCCAGUUGGUUCCUUUUGUCUGGAUGAUAAUAUGACCACUCCUUAUAGAUGUAGAUCGGGAUAUACCUGUUAGUUUGAAGGAAGUCCUUAUCCAGCUUAACUUUGCCCUGCAGGCUCUUUUUGUGUAAUUUCAUCAAUCACAAACAUUACUAACAACACAGUUCCAGCAUAGUUUAGACCUGUAUAUUGUUAUGCAGCUAGUUAUUGUCUCUAAGGAGUUUAUUCACCUUUGAUAAAUUCUUCCAACCCAUAAUCAGCUCAACAAUGUUAGGGUGGUACAUUUUGUUAAGAAGGUACAAAAGAUCCUAACGGAGGCGGAAAAUGUCUUGAGGGGUAUUAUUGUCCUCCGAAUUCUUCAGAUAUGAUUCCAACUGAUCCAGGAUUCUUCUCAGAGGGUAGAGGAAAUGAAGCAUAAGAACCUUGUAGAGCAGGUACAUAUUAAGAUGAACCAGCUUAAGCUUUUUGUAAGGAAUGCCCACUUGGCUAUUAAUGUCCUAACGUUCAAAUGAUCAAGCCAGAGAGAUGUCCAUAAGGCACCUAUGCCUAAAAAACUGGAUAAACUUAAUGUGAUAAAUGCCCUCAAGGAACCUAUUCCAACUAAUUUGGAUUGAUCAAUUAAAACUAAUGUAAAAUAUGUGAGCCUAGAUAUGUCUGUGGUGUUGCUGGAAUAAAAUCAAUGUCUGAGGCAGUCGAGUGUUAAGAAGGAUAUUAAUGCGGAUACAGAACAACAACAAAUUCUAUGUACAAUAACUAAUGCCCUUAAGGCUACUAUUGUGAUUCAGGAGCAAGUUCAGUAGAGGAUUACUUUCUAUGUGAGCCAGGAUUUUUCUGCCCUCUAGGCACUAGUAAAACUAAAUACAACCAAAAUGAAUGCCUUCAAGGAUACUAUUGCCCAAGAGGAACAGCUGGUGAAGUCAAUCCUUCAGGUGGUUUUAAAGAUGGUGUUUCCUAGGUUGAUAAAAAUAGACUAGUUACUGCAAUCUAAUCUCUUAUAAGUACUACAAAGUUCCUUAUGUAGCAAUUCGGAAAUGAAACUUAGGUAGCUUAUCUAAAAGGUAUGAAAAAAGAUCUAGCUAACAUGACCUUUAUGAUUUCAAAUACUACAAACGAGACAUUGAAGCAAUCUUACUAGGAUAAUUAUGAAUAUUUACUCAGCAAAAUUGAUGAUGUUGAAUGGUAGCUUAAGAAAUAUGAUGCAAAUAUUACUUACAUAAAAGAGAGAUAGGAAUAUAUGCAAAAGAUUUUAAAUGAACCUGCUUGCUCUUAAAAUUCUCCAUUGCCAAAUGAGCUUAUAGUCAAAUAUUCUUAAAAUGGCAAAAAUUUGAAAUGCCCUUCAGGAACUACUACUCCUGGUAAGUAAGCUUAUUGUCUAGGGUAAUGUGAAAGAGACUCAAAUGUACUUGUUCCUGUGAGUAUUAUAGAUCCUGUUAAGAUAGAUAUAGUAAUUUCUUCACUAGCAGAAUAAGAUAGAAAUCUGCAAUCAGCAAGCGAUGAUUCAUAGGAUCAGGCUAAUUUAACUGAAGCUGACUUUAAUAACUUUACUAAAACUAAAUGUAUUUUUGAUUUCAGCUAGCUGCCUGAUGAAUUUUUAUACAAUGAGCAUUUUGAAAUCAUCAUUAUGGAUGCUGAAACAAACACAAACAUGGAUCUGCCUUACUACUUUAGUAAUGAGAAUAAAGACAAUACAAUUAAAAAAGCUGUAUUAGAAAUAAAACUAUUUAAUUGGGAAAAGGACCCAAUACAAUUCAAAGUGGGCAUUUAUCUCUAUCAUGGUCUCUUUUAACCAUUCCUCAUUCUUCUUUAGAAUAAAGUAAAUUCAACAAUUUAAACUUUCAGUGAUAUCGGAAAUGAGCCAAAGUUUUAUCUUGAUAUGACAGCCUCAGGGCCUGAUAUAAAUCCUGUUAGGAAAAAUUUAGAUAAGGAUGUGUUCGAUAGUACAUUUUGGGACAGCAAGCAAAUUAAUGCUGUGAUUAUGCCUUGGCUUCCAUUUUUCAGUAAUUGUGAGGGUUAUGAUUCUCGAAUUGUACUUUAUGAUCUUUUGGAGUAUAAUAGCUAAUGCAAGCUUCCAAAUUACGAUGAUAUUCGUAUUGUGAACCCUAUUCCAUCCUCUGGGUUAGAUCCUAUUGCAGACUCUUGUAACAUAGCUUUAAAAUGUAUUUAUGAUGAGCCUCUUGGUUCCACUAUAUCUACAUCUACUCGUUGGUAUGCAAUUUCAGAACAAUCAGAUCUUUUCUUUAUGACCUAAUCUCCGAUCAGUGCUGAAAGAUUUAGAGAAGAUAAUGGCAAUGAGGACAAUCCUUAGACUUCUUACAUAUCUCUCAUUGAAGAUGGUAGCGAUGAGUUAAUUCCUGGUACUUUCUAUCCAGAAGCAGGUUCAUCUGGAAUUCCAACUGUGGUAGAACUUAAUCUCUUUUACUAUCAAGAAUCUAAAGAUAUCAAGAAAAUUUCCAAGAUUGAAGUAAACCUAAAGAAUUAUACAGAACUAAAUGUCUCUGAAACAGGUCAUUACUAACUCUAAAUUAGAUAUGAAGCACUCUCCUAUUUCAACUUGAUUAAUACUUUCUAGUUCUCAGUGCCUAUUUAUAUAUUACUUUUCAGCUUUGUCUCCCUCAUUUUAAUUCUGGCACUGAUAAUGUUCUGGCUGAUUAAUUUACAAUUUUCUAAAAUCAAGAAACCACCAUCUCUAAGAUUCAAACACAUGGGAAGAGUACUAUUUAGGCCACCUGCCAUAGGAACAAUAUUGGCAUCAAUUCCAGCUAUGAUUACAGCAGGCCUACUAAACUUUUUGCAAAAAUAGACUUGGUUUGACAAUAUCUAUAAUGAUUGGUCUUAUCUUGGGCAAUAAUUAACAGCUGAUGAGCUAGUUAGCUUUCGUAGAGGAAGACUUGGAAUUGGCUUUAUAAUCAUAGGCUUUACAUUCUUGCUUUAUGGGUCUCAUAACAUUAUUGUAAAGCCAAGUUCAGAUGAAUAGGACGAGAUUAUUGGCAAUCUAAAGGCUACGAGAGAUAAAGAGAAAUUUGAGCUUUCAAUGGAGGAUGAUGACUCAGAUGCUGGAGGAGCUAAGAAUGAUGGAGAUGAUGAGUUAGGUGAGGAAGAAACUAAUAUAAGAAAUGCUCUUGAUUGGAAGCGUAGACAUUACUUUAUCAACUGUUUUUUCAUCUCCCUAUUUAUGAUGCUAAAGUUAGAGUUCUCUUAUAGCGAGGUGUUUGGCAAAAAUAUUCUUUACUUUUAGGUUGGGUUCACAUUUCUUGAUAUAUUUGUUGAAUAAUUCAUUAUGAGAAUUAUAAUGGGAGAAGCACUGCUUACUACACCUUUACUAGGGUGCUUUGUUGUCAUGGAAUUUAUCAUGACUAUGGGAGCGAAUGAUUUCUAAAGCUUUAUUAUUUCGUACUUUAUAGAAACUGGAUUAGUUGUGGUCUCAAGAACCUAUGUUGGUCCUUUAGUUGAGAAUCUUGAGUUUUAAGUGCAAAAGUUGGUUAUCAGAAUGAAAUAUCACACAUCAGAGAAAGGUUAAAAGAAAUUAGGCAUACUUGAAAAAGGAGAGGGUAUGGAACAUUUACUUGGAAGUGUGCAGACUUAUGCUUGUAAUACAUAAUCACUCUUCUUAACUCCUCUUGUACUAACAUAUGUUAUUUUGUUUGCUAAUGAAACUAAAAUACCCAAAGGAUAUUCAAUUAGGCAGACUGAUUUGAACUACUAUCUUAUCUUUUCAAUUAUCAUUAUCAUUCCUCAAAUGGUAAUAGAUGUUUUCCUACUUCAUAUUCUAGAAAUUUUGCAUGGAUAUAAACUUUAUGAUUAUUUCAGUUACUGUGAUUACAAAUUUAGACAUAGAUAAAACAAGUGGGUAGCUCAUGGAAAGAUGGAUAAGUCUAUUAUUCAUUCUUGGAGAUCUUUGGAUAAUCUGAGCUUUUCAUCACAAUAUUAUUACAUUGUUUCUUUAACGACAUGGGGAGUAAUAUUCUUAUGUUUUGGAUUCACUACUAUGAUGAGAAAUACUUAUAAUCCAUUUGCUGAUCCUGUAUUGUUAGCUUAUUUCUCGAUGGUAGUUGGAGCAGCGAUCUUUUUGAAACCUAUCCUUAAUCUCUUAUCAAGUUAUAUAAAACUCUGGGAAAUUAGCUCUAUUGAUCAUCUGAAGAUAGAUAUUGCUCAAGUAAACAGGCUCGAUAAGGAUAACAAUAUGAAAAGACUGAUAAAAAAUAUCCAAACAAAUCCAUUCAGGCAUAAAUUCAUGAGAAAUAACAGAGAAUGGAUUAUUCAUAAUAUAGCUGUUAUUCUAGGUGGAAAGAACUAUAUGAACUAGCCAGGGCCGGAAUAUGAAUUCCUUAAAAAUAUCUAUCAAAGGGCUGUCAAUGCUGAAUCCAUAGAUGCCAAGCUAAAAGUUGAAUAAGAUAGAAUAGCCUAGGAUUUGGCAAUGAUGCCCUACAAUAAAAGACAGGAAGGCGCUGAAGGCUAGGAUAUCAUAGUUUCAGAUGAUUCAAUAUCUGAUCUUCCUGUGUAUAACUGGGAGAUACCAAUUUAAAUAACCUAUGAUCAUGUAUAGAGGAUGGCUAAUAUGUGGCUAGAUUAUGCUAGAUAAAAUAUGAGAUUGAAAGAAAUUGUAAGUGACAUCGUAUUUAAGAAACUAAGGUCUAAAUGCUAGAGGUGCAAGUCCUAAUUCCGUCUUUAAGUCAUUUAAAAAGUCAACUUUUCCGACUUGGUAAAAAAGUUUAGAUAUCAGAUGGUUGGAUUGCCUUUCACCAAAAUGAGAUGGAGGAGAUUCUAUGCUAGACAUUAAUUAUUUGUUACUCUUUGUAUGGAAUGUGCUUAUAUUGAUAAUUUGAAGGCCUAAACAUUAAAGAAGAAAGACAAUGAGCUCUUCAACUUGAUCACUGAAAAUGCCAUGAAAAAUGUAGGAGCUCAUGAUAUGAUAGUCAAGAGAAACAUUCAGAAGAAGCAUGUUAGAAGAGUUAUAAAGAAAUGGAUCUAGAUUGCUAAGAGUAACUUGCUUCAUAAUGUCAAAAAGAAGGCUGAAGCUGCUGAUGACAUCGUCUUUGAAGAUGAAUUUGCAGCAAUUUGA